AAAAAUAAAUAAACAAACAAACAGUAUAUAUAUUUGGUUUCUCUCACACGGCUUCAAAUUUCGAAUUUGAAGCAAAAAAAUCCCAAACAGACACAACGGUGAUGAUGAUUUCGCUACGAAACCUCUGUAGCUUCUUCACCAUCCUCUUAGCAACAAUCAUACUCACAACGACGUCGUUUACUGAUGCACAAUCGUGCAACGGUAUACUCGUCUCAUACUCCUCCUCCACCGGAGUACAACUGCCGCCUAACGUCACCGACCCAAAGAAGCAACCCUACCGAUUCGAAUCAACCUUAAGCGUGCUAAACAACGGUCUCGAUGAACUCAAGUCAUGGAAAGUCGCCGUCGAGUUUCAGCACGACGAGUAUCUUGUUUCUGCUUCAAAUGCUGUUCUCGCUGACGGUACUACCCUCCCUGCCGAAGUUGGAAACGGCACCGUUUUUGCUGGUUUUCCGCAGACGGAUCUGAAGACUGCUGUUGAAACAGCUGGUGAUUUGACUCAGAUGCAGGCUCAGGUCAGUCUUGUUGGGACUGUUUUUGGUGUGGCGCCGCCGGAUGUUCCGUUGCCGAAGUCGAUCAAGCUUGCUAAUGAUGGAUUCAUCUGUCAAAAAACCACCGGUCAAGGUAAGAAUGGGACUAAUGUUUGUUGCACAAGAGAUCCUAAGUUCAAAGCAAACAUCACUACAGAUGAAAAGUUUCUGCCGCGUCAAAAUGGCGAUCUUACGAUCAUGUAUGAUGUGAUUAGAUCCUAUGAUUCAAAUUACUGGGCAGAGGUUACGAUCGGUAACCAAAAUCCUCUCGGAAGGCUUGAUAAUUGGAGGUUGAGCUGGGACUGGAUGAAUGACGAGUUUAUAUUUACAAUGAAAGGAGCUUAUCCAUCUGUUCUGGAUGCUUCUGGUUGUAUUUUUGGUAAGCAAGGUACAUACUACAAGGAUCUGGAUUUUGCUAAUGUAUUGAAUUGUCAGAGGAGGCCUACCAUUAUUGAUCUUCCUCCUACAAAAUUCAAUGAUACUGAUGUUGGGAAAAUUCCUUCUUGUUGCCGUAACGGUACUAUAUUGCCAAAAUCUAUGGAUCCUAGUAAGUCUAUUUCGAGAUUCCAAAUGCAGGUGUACAAAAUGCCGCCGGUGCUUAACCGAUCCGAGCUUUCACCACCACAGAACUGGAAGAUUAGUGGUUCACUUAACCCUGACUACAAAUGCGGUCCUCUGGUUCGUGUUAGUCCUACCGAGAAUCCAGAUCCAACAGGGUUGCCGUUAAACAAAACUGUAAUGGCAAGUUGGCAGGUUGUGUGUAACAUUACAACAGCCAAGGGAACAUCAAGUAAAUGCUGUGUCUCAUUUUCAGCUUAUUACAAUGAAUCAGUUAUUCCUUGCAAAACGUGUGCAUGUGGAUGCCCCAAGAAUACAGCAAGAACAUGUAGUACUACUGCACCUGCCAUGUGGCUUCCCUCAGAUGCUGUCCUUGUUCCUUUUGAGAACCGAACUGCCAAGGCUUAUGCGUGGGCAGGGAUAAAACAUCUACCAACGCCAAACCCACCACCUUGUGGUGAUAACUGCGGUGUGAGCAUCAACUGGCAUUUACUGUCAGAUUAUAAUAAAGGCUGGAGUGCAAGGGUCACACUUUUCAAUUGGGGUGAGACUAAUUUUGCAGACUGGUUUACUGCUGUGCAAAUGGACAAAGCAGCUGCAGGUUUUGAGAAAAUGUACUCGUUCAAUGCAAGCGCCAUAGAAAUAGGCGGUGUUAAUAAUACGAUAAUAAUGCAAGGUUUGGAGGGAUUGAACUACCUUGUUGGAGAAACAAAUGGAGCUAACCCUCGCACAGAUCCUAGGGUGCCUGGGAAACAACAGUCAGUAAUCUCAUUCACAAAGAAAACUACUCCUGGAAUCAGUGUUGUUCGUGGUGGUGACGGGUUUCCCAAGAAAGUCUUCUUCAAUGGGGAGGAAUGUUCUCUUCCUUCUGUACUUCCAACCAGUGGUGCUUCCAGGAAGGAAUUUUCCUUUGCUACUUUGAUGCUUCUACCAUUGUUGCUAGUCGUCUUCUUGUUAUAGUAGUGGUUAUGUUCCGUUCGAUUUUGCUAUUCUGGCUUGCUGUUUUCCUGGAUAGGAUUUGAUUCAUAUAUAUUGACCUCGUCACAGAAACAAGAAUGAGAAAUAUCGAGGACUGAGUCGCGGUGUGGUAACAUCCAUGCUUUAUGUCUAGAUUAGAUUUUGUUGUAAUACUUAUUCAACUGAUAUGAUUCUUUCAACCUUGUUAUUAUGGUACAGAAGAUUGUAGAUUUGUAGUGAUAGAAAUGUUACUUUUCUAUUGAAAGUUCUUUAGUAUUAUAA